AUGGGAUUCUCCACAUCUCUGCCCUCAACCCUCAUCUUGGAGCAAAAGAAGCUGAUACAUGAGAGGCGCGCUGCCGAGCGAACACUACCUAGGGAGGAAUGGUGGCAUAGGAAGACAUCUUUGGCACAUCAGUUUGUGGAAGGCAAGUUUUUGGAAGGCUACGAUCCUACAGUGGAGAAUACUUACAGCAAGAUAGUGACUCUUGGCAAAGAUGAGUUUCACCUACACCUGGUGGACACAGCAGGGCAGGAUGAGUACAGCAUUCUGCCCUAUUCAUUCAUCAUUGGGGUCCAUGGUUAUGUGCUUGUGUAUUCUGUCACCUCUCUGCAUAGCUUCCAAGUCAUUGAGAGUCUGUACCAAAAGUUACACGAAGGCCAUGGGAAAACCCGGCUGCCGGUGGUGCUAGUGGGGAACAAGGCAGAUCUCUCUCCAGAUAGAGAGGUACAGGCAGUUGAAGGGAAGAAGCUGGCAGAGUCCUGGGGUGCGACAUUUAUGGAGUCAUCUGCUCGAGACAAUCAGCUGACUCAAGACAUCUUCACCAAAGUCAUCCAGGAGAUCGCACGUGUGGAGAAUUCCUAUGGGCAAGAGCGUCGCUGCCAUCUCAUGUGAGCCCUUGGGCAUAGGAUAACUGCCUUGUUUCUGUCCCUGGCACUCGCCAGGCUCCAGUGGGGGGCAUGCCCUCAGGACUUCAUGGGUAUGGUUGCCAGCUGUGUUACUGGCCCUCUGGGCACACAGUGUGGUUUCCUCAUGUUUGCACACUUUCCUCAGGCUUCAGUGGCCUGGAUGUCAAUGUUUACAAAGGGGCAAGGAUGUCUCAUGGGCACUGGCCUCUAGCCCUCUGUUUUUGCUAAAUGAAUUUUGUUGGAACCUGUGGGAUUGGGAUAUGAGUCCUGGGCAUUUUUUAUCCAGGGCCCUUCCUCCUGUGUAAGUUUUGGGUGUUGGCUAGGAAAGGGGAGCUGGGGACUCCUGAAGUAGAGCUGGCUUCUGGGGUAACAAUGUAUAUAUGCAAAUAAACUGAGAAAUCUUUAAAAAAAAA